CCGUUCUCCCACGUGAAUUGAUCACGUGACCAAACCGCGGGAAAAGCUGUCUUUGUUGACGUAAAAAUGGAUGUCGCUGAUCAAGUUGCGAGAACGAACCAGGUGAAAGAUCAGAUUGGCGAAAGAUGCCAGAAACUAUUUCAAGAUUUUCUUGAAGAGUUCAGCGUCGAUGGGGAGCAAAAGUACCUGGGUGAGGUCCAGGAGCUGAUUCGACCAGAGAGGAACACGCUGACAGUGAGCUAUGAGGAUGUGGAGAAGUACAACCAGCAGCUUGCCACAACCGUACUGGAGGAGUACUACAGGGUAUACCCGUUCCUGUGUCGAGCUGUGAGAAACUAUGCAAAGGACUGGGGUCAGAUACCAUCAAACAAGGAGUUUUAUGUGAGCUUCACAGAUGUCCCAUCAAGACUCAAGGUGCGAGAGUUGACCACAUCAAAGAUUGGCUCAUUGCUGCGCAUCACUGGUCAAGUUGUGAGAACCCAUCCCGUUCACCCAGAACUCAUCAGUGGCACAUUUAUGUGUCUCGAGUGCCGUACCGUAAUCAGAGACGUCGAACAGCAAUUCAAGUUUACACAGCCAAGCAUUUGCCGAAAUCCAGUGUGUAAUAACAGGUCCAAGUUCAUGUUGGAUGUGAACAAGUCUCGGUUUGUCGACUUCCAAAAAGUGCGCAUUCAGGAGACUCAGGCUGAAUUACCACGUGGAAGUAUACCUAGAAGUGUUGAGAUUGUCUUGCGAGCAGAGGCUGUAGAGAUGGCCCAGGCUGGAGACAAGUGUGACUUCACAGGAACACUCAUUGUGGUGCCUGAUGUCAGCUGCAUAUCCAUUCCUGGUGCCCGUGCAGAGACGGGGGCAAAGGUGUCUGCUAACCAAGGUUAUGAGAAUGAGGGUGUACGGGGUCUGAAGGCGCUUGGUGUACGGGACCUCAACUACAGAAUGGCUUUCCUGGCCUGUACUGUCACAUCAACAAGUGCUAGGUUAGGUGGUAUGGCCCUGAAGGAGGAAGAGAUGACUGCGGAAAACGUGAAGAAACAGAUGACAGACGAAGAAUGGCAGCAGGUAUAUGACAUGUCCCGUGAUAAAAACCUCUACCAGAACCUGUGCUCCAGUCUCUUCCCUACUAUACACGGAAAUGAGGAAAUAAAGCGUGGCAUCCUCCUCAUGUUAUUUGGUGGUGUGGCCAAGCAGACAAUGGAGCAGACAAAGCUGCGAGGUGACAUCAACAUCUGUAUCGUGGGUGACCCCAGCACAGCCAAGAGUCAGUUCCUGAAACAGGUGGAAGAGUUCAGCCCAAGGGCAGUGUACACAAGUGGCAAGGCUAGCACAGCUGCUGGUUUGACUGCUGCAGUUGUGAAGGACGAGGAAUCUCACGAAUUUGUUAUUGAGGCUGGGGCCCUCAUGUUGGCAGACAACGGGGUGUGCUGUAUUGACGAGUUUGACAAGAUGGACCCUAAAGACCAGGUGGCCAUUCACGAAGCUAUGGAACAACAGACCAUCUCCAUUACCAAGGCUGGAGUCAGGGCAACCCUCAAUGCCAGGACCUCCAUCCUGGCAGCAGCCAACCCCAUUGGAGGCCGAUACGACCGCUCCAAGUCGCUGAAACAGAACAUAACCCUGACAGCUCCCAUCAUGUCCAGAUUUGACUUAUUCUUCAUUCUCGUAGAUGAAUGUAAUGAGGUGACAGACUAUGCUAUUGCAAGAAGGAUUGUGGACCUGCACAGCCGUAACGAGGAGUCCAUUGACCGCAUGUACAGUGUCGAGGACAUCACCAGAUAUCUCAUGUUUGCCAAGCAGUUCAAACCUAGGAUCAGCAAGGAGUCCCAGGAGUACAUGGUGGAGGAGUACAAGCGUCUUCGACAGCGUGAUGCAACUGGGUCUGCCAGGUCAGCAUGGAGAAUCACAGUGAGGCAGCUGGAGAGUAUGAUUCGACUGUCUGAGGGCAUGGCUCGUAUGCAUUGUCAGGAUGAGGUACAACCUAAGCAUGUGAAGGAGGCAUUCCGGCUACUAAACAAGUCCAUCAUCCGUGUUGAACAGCCUGACAUUCACCUUGAGGAGGAGGAAGAGGAGGUUGAACAACCGGACGUUCCCAUGGAAACUGAAGAGGAGACCACAACCCAGGACACCCAAGAGGCAACAGAGACAGCUGCUAAGACCCACAAGAAAGGGCUAAAACUGUCAUACGAGGAGUACAAACAGAUGGCCAACCUUAUGGUCCUGUACAUGAGGAAGACAGAGGAAGAAGCUGAAGAUGACAGCCCAGGCCUUCGUCGCAGUAACCUUAUCAGCUGGUAUCUGGGCGAAAUGGAGUCAGAGAUAGAGUCUGAGGCCGAGCUGGUGGAAAAGAAAAAUGUCAUCGAGAAAGUGCUUGACAGGCUUGUACACCAUGACCAUGUUAUGAUUGAGUUAGCUCAGACAGGUCUGGAGAAAAGAUCCAAGCGAGAUGAGGACACCUUGAUCAAGGAGGACGACCCAUUCCUUGUAGUGCAUCCAAACUAUGUCAUCGAAUGAGGGGGUUGGAGGACCAUGUAUGAGAUCAUGUAUUCCAUACAAUGUUUUGGAAACAUUUUGUGUUAUAGUUCUGUGAGACCACUUAAUAUAAAAUAAAGUUAAGAAAUUCAAUACAUGUAAGCAUUUUACAAAACAUUUGCAUGAUAAAGCGCUGGAUUGAAAAACAUAAACAUGAGUUUCUCAAGCUUUCUUGGUUGAACCAUUAAUGGUGCUACAAAUUGAAAUGUGCUUUUAAAACACUGCAUAUUUGUUCAUACGAAAAUGUUUAAUUGUUAAUGAUAAACUUGAACAUAGUGAUUGGAUAAAAAGUAUUUGUCUGUGCUGUUCAAUUAAAUACCAAUGUUUAUGUCUAAUUUCGUGUUCCAAGAGAUUGAUGUAUGCAUAAAUAAAAGUUCAAUGAUGUCUGUAAGGUGAAAUGAUUUGUUUGUAAAUGUGAACAAGUACAGAUGUUUCUACUAUUGCUGGAUAGGGGGACCAAAUUGUAUCAUUAUUGUACAGUUUAUAUUUUUCAUUGAUAUUAACCGAUAUAUAUUCAAUUUCAUGAUCAAGGCCAUAUUUAUAAAUUUUUACCAAGUUUGCUAUUUUCAAAGUACUCAAUGUAUAUGAAAAACCACUGCUCGAGUUGUAUAUUGUUUGAAGAUCUGAGCUGUUGGUAGUUUCAACAUUGAAUUACUCUGGACCUUGGAAUAGAAAGUGUCUUUGAGUGCUUAAUGCAUUAACGUUGGUGUUAAACAGAAAUGUGUUCAAUUUAAAACCAUGUAUUUACAAAAAUGUGUUCGAAUUCAAUUUGUUCAAUAGCAAUGCAUUUUGCCAAACUGUGUUCAAUAUCUUGUGUUCAAAAAUAGAAUCAAAUUUCUACGCCUUUUAUAUUUGUAAUGUUUAUAACUAUUUUUGUACAGAAUGAAGCCUAGAAUAAAGAUGAAAACCAG